AUGUUCCGCAACUCGAAUACCCUAAGAACGCUAAACCUAUUAAGAAAGAUGUCUUCUAAAAUUGAGAACGAUUAUUUGAUACAAACCAAGGCCUUUAUCAACGGUAAAUGGACAGAAACUGACGACAAGUUUGCUGUAACCAAUCCCUCCACCGGUGAUACGAUCCGUGAGGUUACGAACUGCGGUGUUUCAGAUUUUAACAAGGCUAUCGAAAUUGCCCAUGAUGCAUUCGGGACGUUCAGACAGACCAACGUCAGAGAGCGCGCGCAGAUCUUGGACAAUAUAUACAACUUGAUGCUAGAGAACAAGCAGGAUCUAGCCAAAAUCUUAACUUUGGAGAACGGUAAACCGUACAAGGACUCACUAGGUGAGAUUGUGUACUCUGCAAUGUUCUUCAAAUGGUUUGCUGAAGAGGCUCCAAGAAUUUAUGGAGAUAUUAUUCCAAGUGCUGUAUCCAGUGACCAAAAGAUCUUUACAAUAAGACAACCAUUGGGUGUUAUUGGUAUUCUAACUCCGUGGAAUUUCCCUAGCGCAAUGAUUGCUAGAAAGUUAGCACCAGUCAUUGCUACUGGUAAUACAUGUGUCAUCAAACCUGCUCAUGAAACUCCGUUGAGUGCAUUGGCGUUAGGGGUGAUCGCAGAGAAAGCCGGUCUUCCUGCAGGUGUAUGCAAUAUCUUACCAACUAAUCACACAAGUGAAAUAGGUGAAUACGUUUGCGAACAUGAAUUGGUCAAGAAGAUCACUUUCACUGGCUCAACUAAAAUCGGUCAAUUGUUAAUGGGACAAUCAAGCAAGGGAAAGAAUAUCAAGAAAUUCUCUAUGGAAUUGGGGGGUAAUGCACCAUAUAUCGUCUUCAAGGACGCUGACUUAGACCGUGCCUUAGAUGGAAUAAUCGGAUGUAAAUUCAGACAAUCCGGACAAACUUGUAUCUGUGCAAACAGAAUCUUUGUGCAUGAAGAUCUUUACGAUGAAUUCAGUAAGAGGUUGGUUGAUAAGAUCGACAAAACCUUUAAAUUAGGCGAUGGGUUCCAAGACGGUGUCACUCACGGUCCAUUGAUCCAUGACAAAUCCAUUGACAAAGUCGCAUCUUUAGUUCAGGAUGCAAAAACGAAGGGAGCAGACGUCUUGAUAGGUGGCUCAAGAGCUAGUUCUUUAGGUCCAUUAUUCUACCAACCAACAGUACUUGGUAAUGUAACCGAGUCCAUGGAUAUAUUUUAUGAAGAAAUCUUUGGACCUGUUGCUCCAUUAAUUAAGUUUAAGGAUGUGGAUGAAGUCAUCAAACGUGCUAAUGACACGGAUGUCGGUUUAGCAGGCUACUUCUACAGUCAAAAUAUUAGCACCAUUUUUGAUGCCGCAGAGAAACUAAAUGUUGGUAUGGUUGGUGUCAACACUGGAGAAAUCAGUGAACCUGCAGUACCUUUCGGUGGUGUUAAGAAUUCAGGUUUAGGUAAAGAAGGUUCUAAGUAUGGUAUCGAUGAUUACACUGAAUUGAAGGCCAUCAUUGUGGCACCAUAG